CCUCCCCCCACUCAUCUUGCUGGGUGGGGAGGAUGAUGAGGAUGGAGCUCAUGGACCCAGGGAAAAGGGUCGCAUGCGAUUUCACCGACUCCAGAAUGUGCAGAUCGCCUUAGAAUUCCUCAAGCAGAGACAGGUCAAAUUAGUGAAUAUACGUAAUGAUGACAUCACAGAUGGAAACCCAAAGCUGACACUGGGUCUGAUCUGGACCAUCAUCCUUCACUUCCAGAUAUCAGAGAUCUAUGUAAGCGGUGAGUCAAGUGACCUCACGGCAAAAGAAAAACUGUUAAUAUGGAGUAAACAGGCCACAGAAGGCUACCCCGGUCUCCGCUGUGUUAAUUUCUCCUCAAGCUGGAGUGAUGGACGCUUGUUCAAUGCCAUUCUGCACACAUACAGGCCAGACCUGAUUGAUAUGGAAGUGGUUGCACAACAAAGUAACCGUGAGAACCUGGAACAGGCCUUUGAGAUUGCUGAAUCAUUAGGUGUAACACAACUUCUAGAUGCUGAAGAUGUGGAUGUGCCGUCACCAGAUGAGAAGUCUGUCAUCACAUACGUGUCCUCCAUCUAUGAUGCUUUCCCCAAGAUCCCAGAGGGUGGAGAAGGCAUUACAGCUCAUGAGAUUGACCAGCGAUGGGCAGAGUACCAGUCUGGCUUCUCUUCUUUGCUGCAGUGGACCAGGCAAAACACGGCCCUCGUGACCAAUAGGAGCUUCCCCCACAAUCCUGUGGAACUCAAGGCACUUUAUAAUGAAUAUGUCCACUUCAAAGAAACCGAGAUCCCUGCCAAGGAGAGAGAGAAGAGCCACAUCGAGCAUCUUUACAAGCUUCUGGAGGUGUGGAUAGAGUUUGGGCGUAUUAAGCUUCCCCAAGGGCUACACCCUAAUGACCUGGAGGAGGAAUGGGGGAAACUGAUCCUGGAGAUGUUGGAGAGAGAGAAAGCACUGAGGCCAGCUGUGGAGAGGUUGGAUUUACUCAUACAGAUGGCCAAUAAAAUUCAGAACAUGGCAUUAGACUGUGAGGAGAAACUCACUUUGGCGAAGAACACUCUGCAGGCUGACAUGUCUCAGCUAGAGAAUGGGCAGCCAGUGAGAUAUGAAAAUGAUAUAGGAAUUUUUCUUCAGGACUGUGAGAAUCUGGUCAGACAGCUUUACCUUGACCUGCAGGUCCUCCGAGAUGAGAAGUACUACCAAGUGGAGCAGCUGGCUUUCAGGGUAUCAUGUCUGCAGGAGGAGCUGGUCUCCCUGCGGCUGCAGUGCACCAGUGUGUACCGGAAGGGACAUUUCUCAACAGGGGGUCUGCUGGGGGAGCACAUCAGUCAGAAGGGUUCUGCAGGCAGUCUGGGCACACUAAGUGCACAGACAUUACUGGGGGCAGUGGGCGCUGUGGCAUCCCUGGUCAGACGGCCUAUGUCUCGUGCAGACCUGGUUGCCAUGUCAUCCUCAGAGGAUGAAGGCAGCCUACGCUUCAUUUAUGAGCUGCUGGGAUGGGUGGAGGAGAUGCAGGACUUACUGGAGCAGGCCGAGUGGGGUUCAGACCUGACCUCUGUUGAACAGCACCUGCAGGACCAUCACAUUAUUCACACAGCAGUGGAGGAUCUUCUGAAUAGCCUCAAAGAGGCUCAAAAUUAUGAGUCAAGGGUCUCGCCUAAUUUACAUGGCAGUUACUCUGAAACUCUGUCCAAGCUGGAGAACCAGUAUUGCAAACUGCUGGAACAUUCGUCAUGGCGGCUGCGUUGCCUGGAGAGCCUUCGAGCUUUUGUGUCCCACUGCACAGAGGAGCUGAUCUGGCUCAAUGAGAGGGAGGAGGAGGAGCUGGCAUUCGACUGGAGCGACAGCAACACCAAUAUGGCAGCCAAAAGAAAGCAAUAUGCUGAAAUGAGGUCAGAGCUGGAAGAAAAACAAGAAGUGAUGCGCUCCCUCCAGGAGACAGCUGAUCACCUGUGUCAAGAGAACCAUCCAGCUAAACAGACUGUUGAGGCCUACAGUGCUGCCUUGCAGACGCAGUGGCAGUGGGUCAAAGAGCUUUGCAUUUGUGUGGAGCAACACCUCAAAGAUAACACAGCCUACUUCCAGUUUAUGAGUGAUGCACGGGACUGUGAGAGCUAUCUACGCCAGCUUCAAGAGACCAUUAAGAGACAGUACACCUGUGAUAAAAACAGCAGACUUGGCAGAUUGGAGGACCUGCUGCAGGACUCCAUGGAGGAGAAAGAACAAUUGAUUGAAUAUCGCAGCACAGUGGCCAGUCUUGUAGGCCGGGCCAAGUCUGUUGUUCAGCUCCGCCCUCGCAGUGCAGAUAGUAACCUGGGCACCACCACGCCCAUUCGUGCCAUCUGUGACUACCGGCAAAUUGAGAUCACAAUCAGUAAAGGAGAGGAGUGUGUGUUGGAGGAUAACUCUCAGAGGAUCAAGUGGAAGGUCAUUAGUCCUACUGGAAAUGAGGCCAUGGUGCCGUCUGUGUGUUUUACCGUCCCUCCUCCGAAUCAAGAGGCCAUCGACACUGCCAGCAGAAUGGAGCAGAUGUACCAGAACGUCAUGUCUCUGUGGCACCAGCUGCAUGUUAACAUGAAGAGUGUUGUCUCCUGGCACUACCUGCAGAAAGACAUCCAAAAUAUUUCCUGCUGGAGCCUAGACACAAUGCAAUUACAGUCCCCAGUGGAGAGGCAGCAGGCUUUAGACAACCUGGACGCCCACCUGUCCGACUUCCUGACAGACGGUCGUGAGAGCUCCCUUUUCACGCCUGCUGAACGACGUGAGCUAGAGAAGGAUGCUGAGAACUGCCGUGAACAUUGCCAAACAAUGCUAGUCUCUUUAGAGACAGCGGAAAAGGAUGAGUCAGUGUCUCGCACCUACCUGUCAGAGCUGCAGGGCAUCAAGUCACACCUAGAGGAUGCAGAGAGCAGACUGAUGCGUGGCAUUCAGACUCCACACCCCAGCACAAUAUCAGGAGAUCUCGUAGACAAUUCGGUUCAUAUAGCAGAGCAAGAGAACCUCCAGCAGGAUCUGAAAGGUCUGCAGUCAGAUUUGGGCGAGGUGUCUCGCCGCUGCGUGAGCUUUUUUGAGGACAAGCCUGCCUCUUCCAGUGUGCCUGUUCUGCGCUCUGAACUGAACUUUGCUUUAGAACACAUAGAGAAACUCAACUCCCUCUCUUCUGUUUAUCUGCAAAAAUUAAAGACGGUAGACGUGUUAAUGAGAAGCCUGCAGGCUGCAGAAAGUCAGGUGAGAAGGUAUGAGAGUCGACUGAGCGAAGAGGAUGUUGUUCCUGCUGAUACUUCUGCAAUCCAGGCCUUGGAAGAACAGUUAAAGAAAUGGCAUUCAGAGCUGGAGGAGCCGGACCACAUCUUCCAGAGUAUGAGUUUAGAGGUCCAGCGUGCUAGAGAGGCGGGAAACCAACUCAGCCAGCUGCAUCCUGACCGCAGCCCCGAACUCGACCGCUACCAGGAGAAAGCACACCAGCUUGCAGAGAGGUGGAAUGGUGUGCGCAGGCAAAUGGAGACACGGCAGUUAGAUCUGAAGAUGCUGGGUUCGGUGCUGCAGCAGUACAGAGAAGGUCAUUCUUCUCUCAUCCGCUGGAUAGAGGAGACCACCGAAAGACAGGAGAACACACAACUAGAGCAGACUGACAGCAGAGCUUUGUCAGAGCAGCUUUCACAGCAAACGGCCUUGGUGGCUGAGAUCGAACAGAACCAGACCAAACUGGAUGAGUGCCAGACGUACUCCAAACAGUAUUGCGCUGCUGUCAAAGACUAUGAACUCCAACUUAUGACAUUUAGAGCUUUUGUCGAAACAACCCAGAAAUCCCCUGUAAAAAGGAGAAGAAUGCACUCUUCAUCAGAUGUAAUCACUCAAGAGUUCAUGGAUUUACGCACACGUUACACAGCUCUGGUUACCCUGACAACACAGCAUGUGAAGUACAUUAGUGAUGCACUGCGGCGACUUGAAGAGGAAGAGAAAGAGGUAGAGGAGGAGAGGCAGGCGAGAGUGGGGCAGGUCUCAGAGAUGCUCGGCUGGGUCAAGGGCCUGCAGGAGCGAGCAGGAAGGUCUGCAGAGUCAUCACUUGCUGCACAGCAGGCCAUUACUGAGCAGUUAGCAGCCAAAAAAGAAGAGGUUGCUGAAGCUAUCAGGAGCACACAAGUUUUCCUGAUGUCUAAGCAGGCCACCAAGCUGUCUUCUGAAGAGCGUGCGCAGAUGGUCUCCCAGCUGGAUGAGCUGACAUCCACCUACAGUCAACUCUGUGUCAGCUCUGCCACUCAAUUGCAACAUCUGGAAGAGCAGCUGGCCAAAGAGGAGGAACGUAAGGUUGUGCAACAGCAGAAGGAAGAAUUCUCUGAAAAACUGGACAAUCUCACAAUGUGGUUGGCUGGUACUGCCAGCCUCCUAGCCAAUCAGAGAGUGGGAGUGGAGUCAAGUGAUGUAAAUGCAUUACAACAGAAGCAAAAAGAGAUUAAGGAGGUGGAGAAGGAACUUCAGACCAAAAGUGACUCAUUGAUGGAGGCUAUGCGUUCAGUCAAGGAGUUCCUGGCUGAGCGGGGUGACAGUUUGAGUCCUCAGGAAAGAGCCAAACUGCAGGGGGCUCUUUCACAAAUGAAGGAGCAGCACAGCUCACUAACAAACUCAAUCCACACCUCACUGGCUCAAGUGGACUCUGCCAUCAUCACAACACAUCAGCAGAACACACAGAGGGCAAAAGCAGAGGAGCAGAUGCAGGAGACUCAGGGAAAAAUAGACACACUGCUCAUAGAAUUGUCAUCACUCGACAAGUCAAAGAAGAGGUCACUUGAAGAGACCGUCCCUGACUCAUCUGUACUGCCAGAGAGUACUCUGAAUUCUCACAGUGACAUGCUUCAGACUGACCUGCAGCAGUUACAAGCUCAGCAGGCUAACCUUCAGCAGGUGGCCCAAUCCGUCCAUUCCCUUCUGGAGCAACCCGACUCCAGUGUGCCACCAGAGGAGAAGCAGCGCUUGCGGGCCAAGCUGGAUCAGCUGCAGAGUCAGCAUCAGGAGUGCCUCCAGAGCUGUCAGGACAGACUGAGGCAUGCAGAUACCCUCAGAGAUGAGCUUGCCAAGUUCAUGCAAGAGCACAGGAACCUGGGAACAUGGCUGGAUCAGAGUGAACAAGAGCUGCGCUCACUCGGAGAAGGGGAAACUGAUGCAAAGGGCCUAAAAAACAGGAUGGAGGAGCACAAAAAGCUUGCAGAGGAUGUCAUCUGUCACAAAGCAGACCUGCGCUUUGUGACUAUCUCCGGUCAGAAGGUUCUGGACUCUGUUCAGGGGGCCCUGGAGAGGGUGAGCAGUUCUGAUCCAGUUCUGGAGGGUACCAGGCAACUUGUGAGUGACAAGCUACAAGAAGCCUCACAACGCUACAAUUCAUUGCACAGCAAGUCCUCAGAACUUGGCACCCAUCUCUCAGGUCUCCUGGAGCGAUACCAGCAGUACCAAGAGGAGGCUGGUUCUUUAAAGUCCUGGCUAAUCACUCAAGAGCAGAAUCAGAGCAUAUUUAAACCCAGCGGAGAGCAAACAGACACCCAGACACUGCAACAUACUCUUAAUACUAUACAGCUGUUACAGGAUGAGCUGGCAGAGCGUUCUGUACAGCUUGAAAAAGUCAAGAGGGCAGGAAAAGAGCUGGUUAGCACUCAGGAUCCCCCGACUCUCAAAAAAUCUGAUAUUAUCAACUCAACAGAUGCUCUGGAGAAGUGGUAUGAAACUCUGUCUGAUUCGGUGACAGUGAGGGCUGAGCAGCUCCAAACAGCUGUUGCCCAGUCAGUCAGUGUUCAGGAGGGGCUUAAAGCACUGUUGACAUGGUUGGACAGCCUACCUUUAUCUCCUGGCCCAGUCCAGCCCACUGCCGAAGCAGUUCAGGAUGCCCUGACACAAAAUCAGAAAAUACGUCAGGAGCUUCUUUCGAGGCAGGGCAGUGUAGAUGCCACCUGUGAUUCUGUGUCCAAGCUUCUGAAAUCUGCAGAUGCGUCGACAGCAUCUGGCCUGCAGGGGGCACUGCAGGACCUUCGGCAGCGCUAUGCUGCAGCCCAGGCCAAGCAGGCUAAAGGAGAGACUGAGUUGCGGGGGCUUUUGCCCAAGUUGGAGAGCUUUGAGCGCCAGAGCACAGACCUCCGCAGCUUUACACAGAGCCGAGAAAGAGCUCUGAGCCCUGUAGGCCAACCAGACUGCAGCAUGGAAGACUACAGACAGACCAUAGAGGAGGUGAGAUCAGAGAUUAAUCAAGAGUCAAGUCAAUUAAAAUCAUUUGUCGAGCUUGGUUCAGAUGUAAGCCAAUCUGGGAUCCUUGCUAAUGUGCAAAAACUUCUGGACACAACCAAAGAGGUUUCUGAGGAGUUUGCACGCCUGGAAUCCAAUGUCAAUGAGAGGUUUGAUUCCAUCCAGAGCUGUGUACAUCAACUGGUGGAGUUUCGUUCGCGCUCUAGCUCGCUCCUCAGAUGGCUGCAGACAGUACAAGAACAGCUGCCAGCCAAAGAGUCCAACCUCAGCACAGAGAGCCUGCAGAGGAGAGCACAACAGCUUAAAGAUCUUCUCACGGAAUGGGAGACCCAUGGUAGUCAAGUUCAGGAGUUGAACAAGACCAGUUCACAACUGGAGAGCCUGAUUAUUAGCAUAACAGCACCAAAGAAUAAGUCAGGUGCCCCUCAGCUCAAUGGUGCUUCCAGCCCCAACAGUGUUAAUGGCAUUCACACCUGUAAAGACUUGACAGAGAUCCAGGUGGCAGUGGCAGAUGUGAACAGCAAGUAUGAGAAGCUGGGCAGUGACCUGAGGGAGAGGAAGAGUAGACGAGAGGCCUCACUCGACCUGCGACAGAAGGCCAGGCAGGGCACAAAGGCACUCACCCAGUGGUUGGGCCCUCUUGAACAAAGCCUGGCACAAGGGCAGACUUCCUCACCCUCUAGGCCUGAGGUGGUGCGUGCUCAAGCCCAAGAAACCAAGGCUUUACUCUCUGAGCUGGCCGAGCAUUCUGGAAAAGUGGAGGACCUCAAGAACAUUCUGAAGCAGCUAAUAAAAGAAAAUCCAGACUCUCCUGAAGCUGAGACAUGGAAACGUCAGGCUGAAGACAUAGACUCACGGUGGAAGAAGGCCAAUCAGACUGCAGUACAGAGGCAGACUGAACUGGAGGCUUGUGCUGAUAGGCUGGGUAGUUUUGCAUCAGCAGCCAGUCAACUAGGACCAUGGCUCAGAGAGAAGGAGCUGAUGAUGAGUGUACUGGGCCCACUAAGUAUUGACCCCAACAUGCUCAACACACAGAAACAACAAGUGCAGUUCAUGCUUCGUGAGUUUGAGACACGACAUCCCCAGUUCAACCAGCUUACUCGGGCAGCAGAGGGAAUCCUAUCCCCGGAUGGAGACGAGACUUCUAGAGAUGGUCAGGACUUAGAAGUCAGGCAGGAGCUAGCAAACAUUUCACAACAGUGGGAUGACCUCACCUCUCGCCUCACUGGCCGCUCCCAACAGAUCGACCAAGCCCAUGGAACCAGUGAGCGCUAUCUGUCCAUCCUCAGGGAGCUGUCUCAGAACGUGGCUGAUCUAGGCAAGAGACUGGAUGCUCAGGCCUCUCUAAGCGCCCAGCCUGAGGCGCUACACCACAGGCUUCAGGAAACAGGGGAGAUCCGAGCCGAGCUGGAACAGAGACAGGGUCAGCUGGCCCAGGCCGAGCAGCUAUGUGUGGAGCUCAGCACAAUUGUGGCCGAACCAUAUCUGAGAGAUGAGUUGCACAAGAGACUGGAGAGUGUUAGUGGUCCCCUCAAGAAUCUAGAAGAAAGGGCUGCUGACGGCUUGUCCCAGCUGCAGGCGGCCCUGUCCAGCACACAGCAGUUCCAGCAGAUGUAUGAAGAGCUUCGUGGCUGGUUGAACGGACAGAAUGGGAAUCACAUAUCUGGUAUUUCUGAACCCCUCCCUUGCCAGCCUGAUCCCCUGAAGACUCUUCUUGCCCAACAGGAGGAUCUCCAGCGAACCAUUUCACAGCAGCGUGGAUCCUAUGAACUCAUCCAGGCAGAGGGUUCAUCUCUCCUGGCAUCCCUUUCUGCUGGAGAUGAGCGAUUAGCCCUACAAACUCGACUUAACACCCUACGGCAAGACUGGGAGGGCCUAAUCCAACAAACCACAGAGAAACAUUGUCGAAUCAAAGAGACACUGUCCCGCGCAGAGCUGUACCAACAACGUUGUGAUGAACUAGUACCCUGGGUAACGGAAUGUGAGGAAAAGGAGUCAAAGAUCCACCCAUCAUUGGAUCCUGCUGCCUUAGAUGAGGCCCUGCAAAAGGCUAGACAACUGAGGCUGGACUUGGAUUGCCGUCGCUCCCUCUUGGAUUCUUUGAGCACUGCGGCAGAUCAGCUUUUAGAGCAGGGAUGCACUGGUGAUGAGGAAAUAAGAGAUGAGAAAGCUCAGCUUAACCGUAGGGUAGAUGGGCUCUCAGAGCGACUACAGGGUCGCACAGCCCAACUGGAUGAGUUGGGAAGCAGGCUGAAAGAGUUUGAAGAUGGCAGGCAGGCCGUGGAGAGUAGACUUGAGGCAGCUAGACAUCAGAUCGAAGUUCAGGAGGCACUUGGACCACAAGCUUGUAGUAAUAAAAGCCUGGAGCGUCUACGUAGCCAGCAAGAGAUGUUAAACUCUCUGCAGCCACAAGUGGUGUACCUGCGUAAUUUGGCUCAGGGGCUUCUGCAGGAUGCACCAGAGAUAUCCGGGGCCAGUGAAAAUGGUGGCCAGAUGCUAUUACAGCAAGCUCGUGACACGGAAAGGGAGUUUGAAGAAGUUACUGAAAAGACUGAGCAAUGCUGCUCAUCCCUGGAGUCCCGGUUACAGGGCGUGGGAGAGGUCCAGUCACGUGUCCGGGACAUUUUCUCCUGCCUGGCUGAUUUGGAUGAUGAGCUGGACAGUCUCAGCCCUGUGGGGCGAGACGCCGACUCCUUGGCCUCGCAGGCUGAGGCUGUUAGGGGUUUCCUGGGCCGACUUAAUGCCCUCCGUGCUGAGCUAGAAGGUCAUGGUGGAGAAUGUACCACUAUGCUGCAUAGAGAGGGAAGCUCUCCAGAUAUUCUGGCCCUAAGGAGAGAGACUGAGGCCCAGAGCAGACAGGCAAGCAAGCUGGCAGAGCGAGGCCAGAACCGUCUGGCACUCAUAGAAGCAGCAGAGGAGCGUGUGAAGGAGUUCUACACCCAAAUGUCUGAGCUGCAGGGGUUGCUAGAACGGGCAGAAAAGGUGCUGAACACACAGGCUGUCGUGGGCACAGAGGUCGAUGUCAUCAAACAGCAGCUUCAGGAAUUCAAGGCUGAGGAAAGGGAACAAGUAGACAGCAUCCAUCCUAAACUCCAGCAUGUCAACGCUGUGGGUCAGGGUCUUAUCCAGAGUGCAGUCAAACACACAGACACUCAGGCCCUAGAGCAUGACCUGGAAACCACCAACCUGCGCUGGAACUCCCUCAACAAGAGGGUCACUGAAAGAAUUGCACAGCUGCAGGAGGCACUGUUACACUGUGGGAAGUUCCAAGAUGCCCUGGAGCCACUGUUGAGCUGGCUGAGUGACACAGAGGAGCUCGUUGCCAAUCAGAAACCUCCGUCCGCUGAGUACCGUGUGGUCAAGGCACAAAUUCAGGAGCAAAAGCUACUUCAGUGGUUGCUGGAUGACCGCCGUGGAACAGUAGAGAUGAUCAGGGCAGAAGGAGAGCGUAUAGCUGCCACGGCCGAGACACAAGACAGAGACAAAAUCCAGAGACAACUAAAGAACCUCGGAGAGAGAUGGUCAAACCUGCUGGAAAAGGCUAGUUCCAGGCAACGACAACUGGAGGAGUUGCAGGUGUUGGCUCUGCAGUUCCAUGAGGCUUUGGAGCCACUUGGGGAGUGGUUGAGUACUGCGGAGAAGCGCCUGAGCUCUGCUGAACCUAUGGGAACCCAGACUUCCAAAAUCACACAGCAGAUUGUAAGGCACAAGGCUCUCCAAGAGGAGGUGACCUCUCGGGAAAAAGAGGUUGACCACCUUGAGACUCUCAGCCAAUCACUGUACUCGCUCAGCUGUGCGGCUGAUCGUGAUUGGCUGGGUGAGCGUGUGGCGGCAGUGCGCAAUGGGCACACAGAGCUGCGUGAAUGGUACAGUCGAAGGAAGGCCAUGCUGGAGCAGGCCCUUUCUAAUGCACAACUGUUUGGAGAGGAAGAGGUGGAAGUCCUAAACUGGCUAGCUGAGGUGGCCCAGAGACUGGCCGAGGUCUCGUUGCAGAGUUAUCAGCCGGAGCUUUUGGCACAGACACACAAACACACACUGGCUCUUAAUGAAGAGAUAAUCAGCAGUAAGAAGACAGUGGACCAGGCCAUUAAGAACGGACAGGCUCUGCUCAAACAAACCACUGGUGAAGAGGUCCUGUUGAUUCAGGAGAAGCUAGAUGGCAUUAAAAGUCGCUACGCAGAGAUGACAACAGGCAGCUGCAAGGCCCUUCGUACUCUGGAACAGGCCCUUCAAUUGGCCACACGAUUCGCCAGCGCACACAGUGACAUCAAGCAAUGGUUGGAUGCUGUGGAGGCGGAGCUUAGCAAGAUUGAGCCAGACACAACACCAGCCUAUCAGGACAGACAAAGGGAACUGAAAUGUGUGUCUGCUGAGAAGCGGUUGGUUCUGGACACAGUCAAUGAAGUGGGAAGUGCCUUACUGGAUCUGGUGCCCUGGCGUGCACGAGAGGGCCUGGACCGCCUGGUCGCUGAUGCCAAUCAGCGUUACCGCCAAGCAGAUGAGACCAUCACACAGAGAGUGCAGUUAGUGCAGGCUGCCAUCCAAAGGUCACAGCAGUAUGAGGAGGCAGUGGAUGCAGAGUUGACCUGGGUCGGAGAGACGCAGAGGAAGUUGGCAGCUUUGGGGCCUCUUAGUCUGGAGCCCGAUGUAACUGUGGCUCAGCUCCAGGUGCAGAGAGCCUUUAACAUCGACAUUAUCCGUCACAAAGACACCGUUGACCAACUUCUUAAGACACAAGAGGACAUCCUGGAGAGCUGCAGUGAGCAGCAGAGAGAGGCACUGAAGGUGAAGAUGGACUCUUUAAGUGCUUGUUAUGAAGCAGUAAACCAGAGUCAUGCUGAGCGGUUUUCAGCUCUAGAGCAGGCUCAGGUACUGGUGGCCCGGUUCUGGGAGACUUAUGAAGAACUUGAACCCUGGUUGGGCGAGACAGAGACACUGAUUUCCCAGCUACCCCCUCCCGCCAUUGACACAGAGGCACUCAGGCAACAGCAAGACCAAAUGAGGCUUCUGAGGGAGUUCAUUGCUGAGCACAAGCCACACAUAGACAAGUUGCUAAAGAUCGGCCCACAGCUGGCAGAGCUGAGUGCCCACGAAGGGUCGACAUUGAGACAGCGGUAUAAUGAUGCAGAAAGACGUUACAUCACUAUCAAAGAAGAGGUCAAAAGUCGAGCUACAGCACUGGAUGAAGCCGUGUCACAGUCCACACAGUUCCAUGAUAAGAUGGACCCUCUGUUGGAAACUCUGGAGGGGGCGGUCCAGCGGUUGCGGCAGCCGCCUCCAGUGGCCGCUGAGGUGGACAAGAUCCGGGAGCAGCUGGCAGAGCACCGGGCUACCGGACUAGAGCUGGACAAACUCCUGCCAUCUUUCAGCGCCCUGUGUGCCCGCGGAGAAGAGCUCAUCAGUCGCGCCGCACACGACGAUCCUGCUGCCCAGGCGGUGCGUUCCCGACUCUUGCGGCUGCGCUCUCUAUGGGAUGAGAUCAGGCAGAGGGCUGAGGAAAGAGAAGGGAAGCUUCAGGAUGUUCUGGACCUCGCCGGAAAGUUCUGGGCUGACAUGGCCGCUCUGCUAAGCACUCUCCGUGACUCUCAGGACAUUGUGAAAGAGCUGGAGGAUCCUGGGGUGGAUCCCUCACUCAUCAAACAACAAAUAGAGGCAGCAGAGGCCAUUAAGGCAGAGACAGAUGGACUGAGGGAAGAACUGGAGAUUGUACGCACACUGGGAGCUGAUCUCAUCUUUGCCUGUGGAGAGACAGAGAAACCAGAGGUCAAGAAAACCAUCGAUGAGAUGAAUACUGCCUGGGAAGGCUUGAACCGCACAUGGAGAGAGAGAAUGGAGAGACUGGAAGAGGCAAUGAGUGCUUCUGUUCAGUACCAGGAUGCUCUUCAGGGCAUGUUUGACUACCUGGACAAUGCUGUCAUCAAACUGUGUGACAUGCCAGCUGUGGCGACGGACCUUAGCACCGUCAAACAACAGAUUGAGGAGCUAAAGCAAUACAAAGUAGAGGUGUACCAGCAGCAGAUUGACAUGGAGAAGCUCUGCCACCAAGGAGAGCUGCUGCUCAGGAAGGUGACUGAUCAAACAGACAGAGACAUGAUACAGGAGCCUCUCAUUGAGCUGCGCCACCUUUGGGACAACCUGGUGGACAAGAUUACACUCAGACAGCACAAGCUAGAGGGUGCUCUGCUGGCUUUAGGUCAGUUCCAGCAUGCUCUCUCAGAGCUACUGUCUUGGCUCAGCCACACUCACGCCACACUGGACACACAGCGCCCCAUCAGCUCUGACCCUAAGGCCAUUGAAAUCGAGCUGGCUAAGCAUCACGUUUUAAGAAACGAUGUGCUGUCCCAUCGGGCCACUGUUGAGACUGUGAACAGUGCCGGCUCUGAGCUGCUGGAGUCCAGUCCUGGAGACGAGAUCAACCUCCUGAGAGACCAGCUGGAUGAACUGAACCGCAGCUGGAAGAAUCUUCUGCUCAAGACUGAUGAGAGGCAGAAACUGCUGGAAGCGGCUCUGCAACAGGCGGAGGGUUUCCAUGGAGAGCUGGAGGAGUUUCUGCAGUGGCUCAGACGCACAGAGAGUCAACUGUCUGCUGCCAAACCCACAGGUGGCCUGCCUGAGACUGCCAGAGAGCAACUGCAGCAACACAUGGAACUCCAGUCUCAGUUGACCCAGAGAGCUGAGCAGUACCAUCGGCUACUGGACCAUGGAGAGUCCAUGCUGCUGGCCAGAGGAGGGGAGGACACUGGACCAGGAACCACACAGACACAACAGAAUCUGGCUCUACUACAGAACAAAUGGGCAGGUCUCAAUGCCAAGAUGGAUGACAGAAGGGGUAAACUGGAGGAAGCUGUCUCACUGGCAACAGGGUUCCAGACCUCCCUGCAGGACACUAUGAACUGGCUGACUCAGGCAGAACAGACAAUCAACAUGGCUCAACCACCCAGUCUCAUUCUCGACACUGUGCUCUUCCAGAUAGAUGAGCACAAGGUGUUUGUGAAUGAGGUGAACACUCACAGAGAGCAGGUUCUGGCUCUGGAGAAGGCCGGCUCUCAACUGAGGUUUGCCAGUCUCAAACAGGACGUGGUUCUCAUCAAGAACUUGCUGCUCAGUGUACAGGCCCGCUGGGACAAACUGGUGCAGAGGUCACUGGACAGAGGACGCCACCUGGAUGAGGCCCGCAAGAGAGCUAAACAGUUUCAUGAGGCCUGGAGGAAGCUGAUAGACUGGCUGGAGGAGGCAGAGAGCAGGCUGGACUCUGAACUGGAAAUCUCCAACGAACCUGACAAGAUUAAAAUCCAUCUUGCCAAACAUAAGGAGUUCCAGAAGGCUCUUGGAUCCAAGCAGCCAGUGUAUGACACUACAGUGCGUUCUGGGAAAGCCAUGAGAGACAAGGCCACACUAUCAGCUGACACACAAAAACUGGACAACUUGUUGGGUGAGGUCCGUGACAAAUGGGACACCGUGUGUGGAAAGAGUGUGGAGAGGCAACACAAGUUGGAGGAAGCUCUGUUGUUCUCAGGUCAGUUUGCUGAGGCUCUGCAGGCUCUUGUUGACUGGCUGUAUCGUGUGGAGCCUCAGCUUGCAGAGGAUCAGCCUGUUCAUGGAGACCUGGACCUGGUUUCCAACCUCAUGGACUCCCAUAAGGCCUUCCAGAAGGAGCUGGGAAAGAGGACCGGUAGUGUGCAGGCUCUGAAGCGUUCUGCUCGAGAGCUGAUGGAGACGGGCCGAGACGACACCGCCUGGGUCAAAGUUCAACUGCAGGAGCUUAGCACCCGCUGGGAAACUGUCUGUGCCCUGUCAGUCACAAAACAGACCCGCCUCCAACAGGCUCUCAAACAGGCAGAGGAGUUCCGCACAGCAGUUCAGAUGUUACUGGAGUGGCUGUCAGAGGCAGAGCAGACUUUGCGUUUCCGCGGCGUCCUGCCAGAGGAGGCAGAGACUCUGCAGGUUCUGCUGCACACUCACCGAGAUUUUAUGCAGACGGUGGAAGAGAAGAGAGUGGAUGUGAAUAAAUCUGCUGGCAUGGGUGAAGCCAUACUUGCCGUCUGCCACCCGGACUGCAUUACCACCAUCAAACACUGGAUCACCAUCAUUAGAGCUCGCUUUGAAGAGGUGCUGACAUGGGCCAAACAGCAUGAGCAGCGCUUGGAGACGGCUCUUACUGAAUUACUGAACAAUGCUACACUAUUGGAGGAGCUAUUGUCAUGGCUACAGUGGGCAGAGACCACACUGGUGCAGCAGGAUACUGAACCACUCCCCCAGGACAUCCCUCAGCUAAAGACACUAAUCACAGAGCAUCAGGUGUUUAUGGAGGAAAUGACCCGGAAACAGCCUGAUGUCGACAAAGUGACAAAGACAUAUAAGAGGAAACCAGCAGAGCAUCCCAGCAGCCUAUCAGAGAGGAGAGGAACUCGAAAACACCAGCAGCAGCAGCAACAACAGCAUUCAGUACAGGUAACUGGCGGUAAUCCUCGCCUCACUCAGCUCUGCUCCCGCUGGCAACAGGUGUGGCUGCUCGCCCUUGAUCGUCAGCGCAAGCUCAAUGACGCCCUAGACAGACUAGAGGAGCUCAAAGAAUUUGCCAACUUUGACUUUGAUGUGUGGAGAAAAAAGUACAUGCGCUGGAUGAACCACAAGAAGUCUCGCGUCAUGGACUUCUUCAGACGCAUCGACAAGGACCAGGAUGGAAAGAUCACACGGCAGGAGUUUAUUGAUGGCAUCUUGGCUUCAAAGUUCCCCACCAGCAAGCUGGAGAUGACCGCUGUUGCUGAUAUCUUUGACCGUGAUUGUGAUGGCUACAUCGAUUACUAUGAAUUUGUAGCAGCUUUGCACCCCAACAAAGAUGCUUACAGACCUACAACAGAUGCUGAUAAGAUCGAAGACGAGGUCACCAGACAAGUGGCCCAGUGCAAGUGUGCCAAGAGGUUUCAGGUGGAACAGAUCGGAGAAAACAAGUAUAGGUUUGGAGACUCACAGCAGCUGCGGCUUGUGCGAAUCUUGCGCAGUACCGUCAUGGUUCGGGUCGGUGGUGGGUGGAUGGCGUUGGAUGAAUUCCUGGUCAAGAACGACCCUUGCCGAGUGCAACAUCCAGGACUUAAAAUCUUCCGUUCUGACUCCAGCAGCUCCAUAUCAUCUCGCAUAGUGACAGUCACUCCUGGCUAUUUCUGCUGCAGAGCUCGUGGACGUACCAACCUGGAGCUUCGGGAAAAGUUCAUUCUUCCAGAAGGAGCCACGCAGGGUCUGGCAGCCUUCCGGUCCCGGGGUCGACGAUCCAAACCUUCAUCGCGCACGGCGUCACCCACCCGUUCGUCUUCAUCAGCAUCACACAGUGCCCACAGCUGCGCCUCUGUGCCCUCCGCCCCCACCACGCCCACAGCCUCCUCAAGGGGAGGCUCCACGUCCAAGUUAAAGAGGCCAACAUUUCAUUCCAGCCGAGGCUCCUUGACUGGUGAGAAUGGUGGAACCACACCAACCGCUGCUAAACCAGGACGCUCUGACACUAAACGCACUCCGUCCUCUACGAGCGGCCCAACCAGUCGAGCAGGUAGUCGUACGGGAAGCCGAGCCAGCAGCCGAAGGGGCAGUGAUGCUUCAGACACCUCUGAAAUCAUGGAGACACAUUCGGCUUGCUCUGAUACCUCAGACACCCCUCGCCGGCCUGAGGCCAAACCCUCCAAAAUCCCCACCAUCACCAAAAAGACCCCCAGCCCUAAAACACCAGUGGGGAAAAAAUGAAGUUCCACCCCAUAAUACCUAUGUGUGACCAAUUCUGAGGUGGUUGUGAUAAACCAGCAGGAGAGGAGAACAUCUACCCUCCCUUUCCUGCUUAAUGCACAUUGGCCAAUCAAUGUGCUCUCCACCAGCUCAGACAUUUAGGGUAGAUGAGACAGGACCAGACUCUAACCAAAACCCAGUCUAGUCAGUUCUCUAGCGCUCUCCUCUGGGAGACUGCACACUGCUACAGCACCCUAAGAGAAUACCUACCAUAAAUGCUGCCUUAUUUGUGUCAUACAUCAUGUCCUAAAUGACAUUUGAAUUUUUGAUUGUGUGAUAGGGAUGUGAAAAUGCUGCAUGACAUAUUCACAUCUUCAGUGCUCACUUGGAACAGUAAACGAAUAGAGGGACAUCAAUUCUGCACCAGGGGUUUUAAUCUCUAUGAAUAUGCAACCGCCAGUCACUCUCCAGACCUCAGAGACUCGAUUCACACCAUUACAGACAUGCAUCAUCAUGGUUGCCACUUUUGAGAUUGUUUGGUUGAAAAAACUCAUCCCUUCCUCAUGUAUGCAGACCACUUUCCCAAGAGUGUUUGCCACUGAAAAUCCAAGGAAAAAUUAAAAAAAGAGACCUUUUCCUCAGCACAUGGGACAUUUUUGAAUUCUGUUCAUUUGUGUGUGUAUGUACGUGUGAAAGUUUCUUUCAUGGUAAAUUAACAUGUAAUAAGGAGAGGAAAUGGAUUAUACAUAUCUCUAGCCUUCCUACAGAGUCGAGAUUCUCAGCCUUGUGACCAAGAAUACUAGAUCCUUCAGGGGUCUCUUUCUGAUGUCACAAAAGAUCCUUGUAUUGGACUCCUAUAGCGCACAGCAGAUCCAUUUCACAUGCUCGCACCAAACGUCUUUUCCGCUGUGUCCAUGCAGCCACGCGUACAUUUCUAGUUGCCAUUUCAGUUUCACGCAUUUUGUUACAGAUAUCAUGUUACAGAGCUUUUUCCACAGUUUGCAAAACAUUAUUACAAUUGUGAAUGUUUCAUAGUUAAUUUAUAAUCCUGAUGUUGUUUUUCAUUUCUAGAGUAAGAAACUGUGUAUUUGUGAUUGCAAUAUCAUAUCAACCUGAGAAUGACUAGUAUUAAUACAACCAGAAUCACUUUUGUUUUUGUACUAAGAAAACAUCUGCUUCUGAUGUGAAGAAAUUAUUUGAAAAUGAUCAUUAACUGAACAGGAAGCUUACUGAUUCCAAUGGUGGCCUUUUUGCCAGCGACUACAAACUUAGGUGACAUCAAAUGUGUGUUCCCACUUUUUCUUUUGUGACUGAAGCACCCUGAAUAAUGGAGAAUGAGGACACUCGUGUAGUCCUCAUAAAACAGCGCUUUGAAUCUUGUCUUUGACAAACUGAAGUAUAUAAAUACCUGAAGAAAGGUGAUUUUUAUUUAUUUAUUGUCAGUGGGAGGGGACAUGGGAUAUUAAAGGAUCCACCUUUUGAUUGUGUUACUCUUUUGACAUGACUGACAGACAGAGGGGUGCAAUUGUGUAAAAGUAAAGAAGUUAUGAUUAUAAAUCAUUUUGUUCUCUUUUGUAUUAAAAUAAUGCUUGCAGUAAACUGUCUGUUUAUUACUGAAGUAUGUGUGGUGUGUGUGCGUGUGCAGGAAUGCCACAGUUAACAGGAAAUGACAAAGUAAUUACAGGCAGAAGAGAUAAUGACACACCCCAUUAAAUCUUCAAAAGGGGACAGCCCUUUUGUGUGUUUAGGGUUUUGAACACUGUGCUUUUAUAUAAGAUUUGUAUCUAGUCAUUCAGGAGUUUAAAAAAAUGGGCUCCCUCAAGUGAAUAGAGGCACCAUUGUUUGUGCCAUGUGUGUAUGGUCGCCCAUGCUUCUCAGAGUGUCAGUGUGUUUGUACUGGACUCUGUGUAUAUUUGGUGGUUAGAUGGAGCGGAUGGGGUUAGGGAAGGGUGGUGUUCCAUCAUCUCUCUUCUGCAGUUGUGUGUCUGUGUUUAUGUACAAAUAUUUAAACCCACUCACAUCCUUUCCCACCAAAAACCAUCCACACUGCUGAGCCAGACUCCUAUGGCAUUCCACAAUCUUGCAAAGUCAGUUUUUAUUCAUAAUAAACUAAAAGUUCAAAACAUAUAAUUGAAAGAAAAGCAUGUAAUUAGUAUCACUACAUUAGUCUGUUUGGGUAGUUGACAAAUAAUGUGUUCAUGAAAAAGUAACUAGGUUCAAAACAAGGCUGUCGAUUUAACGCAUUCAUUAAGUGCAGUUUAUAUUAAAAAUAA